UCUUUCUUCGUAACCUCUUGAUCGCACACACACGGAAGAAAGCUCACCCACAAGCUGCGAAAUGGCUUCUCGUGCCAUUAUCAUCCUCGUGUCUGCCUUGCUCUUCUUCUCGGUGCUCGCGGUCUACCUUCCCGCUGCUUCACGUGCUCGCCAUGCUGCGGCGCUCAACGCGAAAGAUGGUAUCAACUCUGGAGGACGACUGCAUCGUGUUCGUGUGGUGCCUAGUGGCGCGGUGAAGGCUGGCCCCGUCACGAGCGCAUCCGGCGGCUCAGGGCCGAGAAUGGCCACGACUGAGCACCCGGACGACACGGACGCGGCUGCCGAGACGCUCAGGAAAGAUUACAGUUACAGGGGUCCGAGGCGCCCAGGCAGCCCCCUUAUCCACGCGCCGUGAAGGUUGAAAUGAAAUGAAAUGAACUUUUGUAGCGCCCGCAUCUGGCAUUUUAUCUUUUAUUUAUGGGUAUGGUUAGGUUUUAGUCGACUGAGAUUUAUCCAAAUCUAUGUCAAAUGGCAUAGCAUGCAAGAGAGGAAAAGAAAAAACUGAAUAUUUUUUUCGCACGGAUCUUAAUGAAAAUCUUAUGAA